UCUCCCUUAGCGCAACUGAGGGAGGAGGCUUUUUCAAAAUUCAAACCUCAAAGAGAAGACAAACCGAAGAAGAAGAGAAUGGAAGAGAGUUUAAUACCCAACUUAGAGAAAGAGGAGAAAAGUAACCGGCGGUCAAUCACAUGGCCUGCCGUUGUUGAAGAAACAAAACGGGUGGGUUACCUUGCGGGGCCUAUGGUGGCUGUGACCAUAUCGCAGUACCUUUUGCAAGUUGUAUCGACGAUGAUGGUGGGCCAUCUGGGCGAGCUUGCCCUCUCUAGCUCCGCCAUUGCCAUAUCUCUCGCCGGGGUCACCGGCUUCAGUUUUCUUCUAGGAAUGGCUUGUGCAUUGGAAACGCUUUGUGGACAGGCUUAUGGAGCUCAACAAUACCGAAAAGUGGGAAUCCAUACCUACACUGCUAUAUUUUGUUUGAUCUUAGUAUGCAUCCCUCUGUCUCUCCUAUGGCUAUACAUGGGAAGGCUGCUUAUUUUCAUUGGUCAAGAUCCCUUAAUCUCACACGAAGCCGGUAAAUUCGUUCGGUGGCUUAUCCCGGCACUAUUCGCCUAUGCUGCUUUUCAGCCACUUGUUCGCUACUUUCAGACACAAAGUUUGAUCAUUCCAUUGCUCAUAUGCUCUUGUAUCGGUCUUUUAGUACAUAUACCUCUAUGUUGGGCUCUGGUCUUCAAGUUUGGGUUAGACACUAUAGGAGGAGCAUUAGCCAUUAGCAUCUCAAGCUGGUUGAAUGUGAUUUUCCUUGCACUUUACAUGUGGCACUCUCCCACCUGUACGAAAACUCGUGUCCCCAUUACGAUGGAACUAUUCCAAGGAAUUACGGAAUUCUUUCGAUUCGCUAUCCCUUCUGCUAUUAUGAUUUGCCUUGAAUGGUGGUCAUUUGAGCUACUUAUCCUGCUCUCUGGCCUUUUACCAAAUCCUCAGCUGGAAACAUCCGUCCUGUCUGUAUGUCUCAACACCAUUUCAACACUUUAUGCAAUACCAUAUGGACUUGGUGCUGCAACAAGUACUAGAGUUUCGAACGAACUAGGAGCAGGGAGACCCCAAGCAGCGCAUGUAGCGGUGUAUGCUGGUAUGGUUCUUGCAGUUUUAGAGACCCUUAUAGUUUCCGGAUCCCUGUUUGCAAGCCGACAAGUUUUCGGUUAUGUUUACAGCAGUGAGAAGGAAGUGGUGGAUUAUGUGACAACCAUGGCUCCCUUGGUUUGUGUAUCUGUUAUUCUUGACAGCUUACAGGGGGUUCUUAUAGGUGUUGCAAGGGGAUGUGGAUGGCAGCAUAUAGGAGCUUAUGUUAACCUUGCAGCAUUUUAUCUAGUUGGAAUUCCUGUCGCCGCUACCCUCGCCUUCUGGCUACAGUUGAAAGGGGUCGGCCUGUGGGUCGGUAUACAGUCCGGUUCUUUGACCCAAACAAUCCUGCUUGCCCUUGUUACAACUUGCAUAAACUGGGAAAAACAGGCAAGUGAAGCAAGGGAAAGGCUGUUCCAAAGCUCUUCAAAUGAGAGAUUGUUUUGA